CCCCCGGGGACGGGUGCUGCUUCCGAAACAAAACCUCCUCGGGCUUGUCUCUGAAAAAUCCAGUCCUACCCCGCAAGGCACCCCAGCUAGAAGAGACCCGCCCUAAUCCUUUUAGUGCUCGUGCCUUAAUGGCUUCAUCGUUGGAAAUGCACCCUUCAGAACAUCGGUCUGUGCUUGAGCUGACGGGAGCCGGUUUGCGCCCACCCCGAAGCGGGGGUUCUUCCCCAGCGGGUGCCCCCAGAGGAAGGAGAGGGGGUUCGGCUGGGAGAGGCAGCCGUGAGUCGGAGGUUGGCGCGGUCCCCCGCCCCCCGCGCGCCCCACGGGAAGGAGGCGCCCCCGAACUCAAAAGAGAGGAGCGGAAAGAAGCUUCUCUUCGCCCGCCGGGAGGCGAGCCGAUGCCGAGCUGCAGCGCGUCCACCAUGCCGGGCAUGAUCUGCAAGAACCCAGACCUCGAGUUUGACUCGCUGCAGCCCUGCUUCUACCCGGACGAAGAUGACUUCUACUUCGGCGGCCCGGACUCGACCCCCCCGGGGGAGGACAUCUGGAAGAAGUUCGAGCUGCUGCCCACGCCCCCGCUGUCGCCCAGCCGUGCCUUCCCGGAGCACAGCCCGGAGCCCCCGAACUGGGCCACCGAGAUCACCGGCGUCCGCCCAGCCGGGGGCGGUGACCACAAGGCUCUCAGCACCUCCGGCGAGGACACGCUGAGCGACUCAGAUGACGAAGAUGACGAAGAGGAAGACGAAGAGGAGGAAAUCGACGUGGUGACCGUGGAGAAGCGGCGGUCCUCCGCCAACAGCAAGGCCGUCACCACCUUCACCAUCACCGUGCGCCCCAAGAGCGCGGCCCUGGGCCCGGGGAGAGCCCAGCCGGGGGACCUGAUCCUCAAGCGCUGCGUCCCCAUCCACCAGCCGCACAACUACGCCGCGCCCCCGCCCUUCGUGGAGAGCGAGGAGGCGCCGCCCCAGAAGAAGAUGAAGAGCGAAGCGUCUCCCCGGCCCCUCAAGAGCGUCAUCCCCCCGAAGGCCAAGAGCUUGAGCCCCCGCAACUCCGACUCGGAGGACAGCGAGCGCCGCCGGAACCACAACAUCUUGGAGCGCCAGCGCCGCAACGACCUGCGGUCCAGCUUCCUCACGCUCAGGGACCACGUGCCAGAGCUGGUGAAGAACGAGAAGGCCGCCAAGGUGGUCAUUUUGAAAAAGGCCACCGAGUACGUCCACUCCCUGCAGGCCGAGGAGCACCAGCUGCUGCUGGAGAAGGAGAAGCUGCAGGCCCGGCAGCAGCAGCUGCUCAAGAAGAUCGAACACGCUCGGACUUGCUAAACGGUUCUCCAACCUGGACAGUCACUGCCACUUUGCACAUUUUGAUUUUUGUUUUUGUUGUUUUUUGUUUUUUACAUUGUGUUGACAUUAAGAAUGUUGGUUUACUUUCAAAUCGGUCCCCUCCCCCCCGUCGCGUUUGGAUCUGGGUGGGGAGCAGGACAUGUGGGGUUGGUUCUGCCAGGACCUGGGAGAGAGGGCCUGGGUGAUGGGAUGCUGUGCGGCCCUUGACGUUUCCUCUGCGUCGCCUCCAAGACAGCCGUGGGAGUGCGUGACAGUUGGGAGCCUCUCGGGCUGUUGAAGUCACCUUGUUGCAAGUCUCCAAACAUCAGAAUGUCAUUCCUUUUAAAAUGGUGCUUACGUUCGUUCCAGCCGAUGCCACGGGAGGGGUUUGCCAUUGAGACCCCCGAGGACACUUCUGUAAAUACCACUGACACACCCGCCUUUUGUAUGCGUCCGGGUAAUGAGAGGUGGCUUUUGUGGCCAGUAUUAGACUGGAAGUUCAUACCUAAGUACUGUAAUACCUCAAUGUUUGAGGAGCAUGUUUUGUAUACAAAUAUAUUGUUAAUCUCUGUUAUGUACUGUACUAAUUCUUACACUGCCUGUAUACUUUAGUAUGAUGCUGAUACAUAACUAAAUUUGAUACUUAUAUUUUCGUAUGAAAAUGAGUUGUGAAAGUUUUGAGUAGAUAUUACUUUAUCACUUUUUGAACUAAGAAAACUUUUGUAAAGAAAUUUACUAUAUAUAUAUGCCUUUUUCCUAGCCUGUUUCUUCCUGUUAAUGUAUUUGUUCAUGUUUGGUGCAUAGAACUGGGUAAAUGCAAAGUUCUGUGUUUAAUUUCUUUCAAAAUGUAUAUAUUUAGUGCUGCAUCUUAUAGCACU